ACAUCCUACUGAAUUAUCGCUCAGUGAUGCGAACGUUUUAUAGAAAAUAAAAGAGCGUGAUCGAGAUAUGGAUAAUUUAUUGGUAGGAGAAUUAAAGUCGUUGAAGAUUCUUUCGAUAAAGUCUGUAACAAAAAACUUGAAAUAUCUCUAUCAUCUCUACCAAUUUCAAAACAUUCAUAUUCCUCCCGUAAUAAGUCAAUUAAUUUUUGACUAUUCUCUAAAGGGUAAAAAAUACCUAAGCAACGAUGAUUUAUUAUUCUUCUCCUCAAAGAUGAUGACACUAUCGAAAAUUAAACUACUAGGCUAUAAAUUCGAAAAUGUGGAGAGUUUUGAAUUUUUGAAUUCGCAUCCCGUUCAAAUCGUAUAUAUCCACGGAGCUAUUGAUCUCGACUGCUUAAUAAGGAAUGUUAAUCCAUUAUAUAUAGAGGAAUUAAAAUUUGCAUCUUGUUUUAUUAAUUCAAAAGUUAUGUUUGACUUUUUUAAACAAGUAAAAAAUUUAAGUAAAUUCUCAUUAAGGCAAUUUAAUUCACACGAAGAGAUUGGUAAUAGUUUCCUAAAGAGCAUCUCUCAAUCUGGUUGUAGUUUAACAUCCUUCGAACUAAUAUGUUGUAAAUUAUCAUCAGAUAUUGGCGCUUGUCUGGGAGCAUUUAUUGGAAAGCAAACUACGCUUAAUGUCUUAAAUCUUUGUUCAACAAACCUUAAAGGUGAACUUGGAAGAGAUAUAUUCCGGAAUAUUCCACCAGCAUUCUCUUCCCUAAAAGAACUUAAUUUAAACGAUUGUUCAUUUACAUCGGAUAUUGGUCAACUCCUUGGAAAGUUUAUUGGCUAUCAAACAAACCUUAAUAAAUUGGAAUUAUCUAAUAUCAUUCUUAAAGGUGAAAUUGGAAAGAAUCUAUUCAAGGAUAUUUCAUCUUUAUGCUGUAAUAUUAAAAUACUUAAAUUGAGUAAAUGCGAAUUUUCUUACGACAUGUGCGAAUAUUUGGGAAGAUUUAUAGGCCUACAAAUUCAAUUACAAAAAUUAGAUUUUGGAAAUACUAACCUUAAAGAUGAAAUUGGAAUUAAUAUCUUUAAAUAUAUUCCUUCGAAUUUUAAUAAUCUUAAAGAAUUUUCAUUGAGAAUGUGCCAAUUCUCACCGGAAAUGAUUGAACCAUUGGGAAGAGUAAUUAGAAAUCAGGAUAAUUUACAAAAAUUAGAUUUGUAUUUAACAAAUCCAAUAAGCGAAGUUGAGAAAAUUCAUAAUCAUUAUCUAUCUUCUUCCGAAUGUAAUAUUUCUUAUUAA